AUGACAGAAGACGUGAACGUGAGCGGACAGGAGUCCGGAGCUGCCCCGGAUCAGCCUGCGGUCAAAGCGGAGGAGAAGCAGGCGGACGAGGCGGAGGAGAAGAAGGAGAACGGCGGGCACGGGAGAGGGGAGGAGGAGGCGGCGGCGGCGGCGGCGGCGGGGAAAGCGGACCCAACAGAAGACGAGUUCGUGCACCCGGAGGGCGGCUGGGGCUGGGUGGUCAUGCUGGCCUCCAUGUGGUGCAACGGCUCGGUGUUCGGGAUCCAGAACGCCUUCGGCAUCCUGUACGUGUCCCUUCUGAAGGAGUUUGGCUCGGAAGACGACAAAGACCUGCAGUUCAAGACCGCCUGGGUUGGCUCUCUCUCUAUGGGGAUGAUUUUCUUCUGUUCUCCGAUCGUCAGUGUGUUUACUGAUUUGCUGGGCUGCAGGAUCACUGCCGUGGGCGGAGCUGCCGUUGGACUUGUUGGGCUGUUGGCCAGCUCCUUCAUCAAGUCUCUGGGUCCUCUGUACUUCACCUAUGGAGUUGUGUUUGCGUGCGGCUGCUCGUUUGCGUAUCAGCCCAGUCUGGUAAUCCUUGGUCAUUAUUUCAAACGUCGUCUGGGCCUUGUUAACGGGAUCGUAACCGCAGGCAGCAGCAUCUUCACCGUGUCCCUCCCGCCGCUGCUCUCCAGGCUGCUGGCCGACAUCGGCCUCCAGAACACGCUGCGGGUGAUGUGCGUGUUCAUGUUCGUGCUUAUGCUGGCCGGACUGACCUACAAGCCGCUCCUGCCCCAGUCGGUCAGCAGCAGUAAAUCGGCCGGGCGCUGCGCUGCGUUCCGCAGGGUCUUCAAUGUUCAGAUCUGGAGGAGUCUCGGGUACAGAAUUUGGGCUUUCGGAAUUCCCGCUGCUCUCUACGGAUACUUUGUGCCUUAUGUUCACCUGAUGAAACACGUGGAGGAGCGUUUCGGGACGGAUGCAAAUAAGGAAGUUUUGCUGAUGUGUAUCGGAAUCACGUCUGGAGUCGGCCGACUCAUCUUCGGCCGCGUCGCCGACUACGUUCCCGGGGUUUACAAGGUGUACCUGCAGGUGACCUCCUUCCUUGUGAUUGGCUUGAUGUCGAUGAUGAUUCCUCUGUGCCACAUAUUCGGAGGUUUGAUUGUGGUGUGUUUGCUGAUGGGUUUGUUUGAUGGAUGUUUUAUCUGUAUAAUGGCUCCCAUCGCCUUCGAGCUCGUCGGAUCUCAGAACGUUUCCCAGGCCAUCGGCUUCCUGCUGGGCAUGAUGUCCGUUCCCAUGACUAUUGGACCUCCUAUCGCAGGUUUUCUGAGGGACCGGCUGAAAAGCUACGACGUGGCCUUUUACCUGGCAGGAAUCCCCCCGAUCAUAGGGGGCGCUAUGCUGUGCCUGAUCCCCUGGGUGGAGCAGAGGGAGAAGAGGAAACAGCAGAAGAAGAACGAUGAGGACGCAGCCCAUGCCAUGCUGGACAACACGCCGGGACCACUCGGGGACAUGGAGAAAAACAAGAGUCCGGAAUCAGUUAUAUAAUCACAGAUAAAUGCAUAGUUACAUACAGCAUCAGUCACAGGUUUGGACACACCUGACGGAGGUCACAGUGUCAGAGUCUUACAGACGGCCUACAGCUCAGGUUUAAACGCAUAUGAAACAAAUACACACAGAAGAGUUGGUCUGUAUGAGAAAUUAUUCCAUUCAAUUUCAGUUUAAACUAUAAACAGUGAAAAAUAUACAUAGUCCUGUGUAAAAGUUGUAAGCACCUGAUUCAUUUUAAAAGCUGUUUAUCGGGGCAGUAAGUGUUUAUAAGUGUUUAUUAGUUUAGAAAAACACAAGUAGUAGAAUAAACACAACAUUAAUACAACAAGUAGUGAUUUUACAUACUUUAAUCUAUUAUCUUAACCAUUUACAGUAUCUGCUUUCUCUAAACAGUCAUAUUUUGCCCUGAUAAACAGUUUGAUUUCACUAGUUUUGAUUAGUGGAACAGUUUGAUUAGGUGUGUUCUGCACAGUAAUGUGUAUGAAAGCCUGUUUAAAGUGCUGCACAGUGGAAAGCAAUAGUUGUGCGUUAAUUACAUUUCAAGGCAGAUUGUGUUCAAUUCUGACACCAGUGUAGCAUUUAAUUUCUAAACCGCAAAUGCAUCGUUUGUUAGCGAAGAGGUAAAGCGUCAGGAAAACGGUUUGUUUUGGGUUGGCUUAGCCUUCUGCAUGUCACCGUGGAACCGAAAUUUUGUGUUAUGCAAGUGUUAUUUCAAUAUUUUGUUCAUCACUGUUAUGUGGAAAACGUUGCACGAGUAGGGGUGUCCAAACUUAUGACUGGUACUGUUCAGGCGUGCACACACAUUUAUGAAAAAGUGUGCAUUUUUAUGCAUAAAACGUAUAAUAACCACUGACGUAAGUGCUGUUUCUGACCAGCAUUUGCACUAAAAUGAGGGGAAAAUGAGGAAAUUAUUCUGACAUAUCGAUGAACGUGGUUCUGUCAGAGCUAUGCAUCUGUUUUACCCGCCACACGCACCUCAGCACAGCGUUUAAACCGGGAAAAGGGGGAAAACUGGGGGAAAUAAUUCACAAGGGAAAACGUGUUCUUUUCUACGGUGCUUUAAUGAUGCCACAGGCACUUUUUUCUUCUUUAUUUUUUACUUUUAAAAGUCCAGCAUAUUUCAGAGGGAUAUUUUUACUUACAUUGGAUCUAAAUAUUCAAAUGAACAUGUAUUAUUUGUUUGUUUUGUUCUGCUCACCACAGUUAAUGUUUACCAUGGUUUUACAGUCAUUUGGUUCAUUUCAUGAUUAGAAGCCGUCCUGCACAAUCCGCAGGCUUUAUAUAUGCAAGUGUGACUUCACUUCCGCGCAGUAUGAAAUCUCCAGAAUGCAAAUGUGUUUAACUGCUAAGCUUCAUGGGUAGUUCAGUCACACCAGUUAAAUGAUUCAUUUCCUUUCGUCCAGCUCUGAGCACAAAUCGGAAGACAUUUCACGAAUCCAUCAAACUACUCGGCUAGAAAGUGAGUUUUUAUCACGCGAUUUACCAAAGAGUUCAGCUUUUCCACGACACGAUGCCCGAGAUUUCAAAAAGGGAACUGCCAGAUGUUCAAUCAAAGGUUUAACUGUACAACUGCGCAGAUUUCCUUCUAAACUUGGUUCAAUCCAAAUGAAAUUUUAGUUUGAGAGAAUUUUUACGCCUUCAGUGGUUCAGAUGCGGAUACGCAGUGAUUAAGGUAGAAGAAAACACAUUUAACCACAAUUUCAAAGUGUUUUUAAUGCAAAAGUACCAACAUUAAUGUCUACGGCCUCAGGCCUUCAUACCAAAGUAUUAGAGAUGUUUCUUCUGCUUGAGCGGAGUGUUGAAGGAGAAGUUCGGGGAGAAACCGGAUUGGAGACCAAAUUUUCCUUCUGUCGUUUAGUGCUAGAGGAAGUCAAUAGUCACCCAAAUGGUUUCUGUAGAAACACGUCGCCGAAACUUCUCUCACCCCGACCCGGGUCUUCGGUAAGGCGGCACAGACGUGUAGACGAGGUUUAGGACACGACAUGACUUGCUGUGAGCUGUAAAUAUGAGCUGAACUUUGGGUCAGUUCCGUCCGUCUUUAUGACCGUCACUGUUGAGGCUGAGCAGUUUGGGGAAAAUAUCUGAUUUGAUUCUUUUAGACCAAAAAUUCCAUGAAGAUCGAAGCUUAAAUGCUGAACAUGCCGGACUGCCCGUGAGUGUAUAGGUGCUUCUGAUUGGUCUAACUCGUCCAUAUUAUUAGGUUAAAUUAAAACCUGAUAACGGAGGCAGUAAUAAAAAUGUCUUCAUCUUUCAUCUGAAACUGAUUCAUCUUCUAAUCUUGGUCACAAACGCUGGUUCUAGAUCAGCUCUUUUCAUGUUGUUCUAAAGUAAAGAGGCAGCAUUCGGUCUCCGAGCGCGUCUCGGCCAGUCAGAGUGUUUAUGGCCUUAAAGCAGGGCUUUUAGCGGUGACACCGUUUUCCUGCAGUAUUCCCUGCAGGUUUUAGACGAGUGUUGAGCGUGGGGACCUGUUUUAGGCGGUUUUCUCUAUGCAGGAUGCGAGGUUUCCAAUAUUCCCUCACGUACAGGGAAUAAGUGCCAUAGUUAAUUGUGAAGCGAGUCUGGGAUGAGGAGUCUGGGAUGAUGAGUCUGGGAUGUGGAGUCUGGGAUGAGGAGUCUGGGAUGAGGAGUGGGAUGAGGAGUCUGGGAUGAGGAGUCUGGGAUGUGGAGUCUGGGAUGAGGAGUCUGUGAUGAGGAGUCUGGGAUGUGGAGUCUGGGAUGAGGAGUCUGGGAUGAGCUGUGGUGCUGUUGGGAUGCCAGUCGACUCGUUUAAGGGCUCGUCGGAGGAGUAAUAGUGUAAACUGAGCCUGUGAAUCGAGCUCAUUGUGCCAGGUUCAGUUUUACCCCCUGUAUCUGUCACAUGCGGGUUUUUUAGUUAUUUAUUUGUCUGUUUUAUUUCUAAAUUUAAUUCUAAGUUUAGACGAGUAUUUCAGUGCUUUCCCUCCAUCUUUGCUGUGAAUAAUUUAGCGCUAAUGGUGAAUUCAGUACACAUUUCUUUUAAUCGAUUAGAGCUGAAGGCUUAUUGCACGUGGCGUUUUCAGUUUCCAUUCACUAAAUCGGAUCAGGCGCGCUCGUUUUCCUUUCUCAGUAACUCACACUGGUGUGUAAGACGAGGUUUGUGAUGAUCUACCUCAGUUUGGCGUAAUUGCCGAGACGUUCGUCUUACAGCCAGAAGGGAUUCGAUGCAGUUCGCUCGGGCUUCGCGUGAUGGACUACCAGCUCCUCACCUGCUUUUCUCGGGUUAUGUUCACAGUUUUAUCAUGGUAGCACUUUUCGGAGUGAGAUCAGACGCAUCAGACGCUUUAAGUGAAUUCUAGCAGUGUUAGUGCCUUGACAAUCCCAGAAAAGGGUGAAUAAACCACCCAGCUAUGAAUGACGGAGUCGAGACCAGAGUAUUUUCAGAUCUACAGAGGAACGUUAUAAAAUCAAAAAAGCUAAAAAAAAACAAAAACUAGAACUUAUUUUAAAUACCUGCAUUAAAAAAGAAGGCUAAGCUAACGAUACAAGCCAAUUUACA